AGGACAAAGUAAGCCGGCAAAAGUGCGGUUAUGAUCAGCAGAGGGAUCGAGGCACGGAACCGCGGCUGAGGCCCGGUGGGUUCGCUGACCGGCUGCGUUUGAAAGAACUCUGUAAAGCGCUGACACGCGGAGCCACGCUGGAGCUGAACAGAGAGGCCGCCUUCACACGCCGCCUCGCGGGGCCCAAGCCCUGCCUGAAGAGGAAGAGCAUGGGCUGCUGCGACGGGAGGUGCACACUGGUGGUCAUCUGCUCGCUGCAGCUGCUGGCAGUUCUGCAGAGGCAGGUCUUUGAUUUUCUGGGCUAUCAAUGGGCUCCAAUCUUGGCCAACUUUCUCCACAUCCUGGCUGUUAUUUUGGCAGUAUUUGGGACGGUGCAGGCCCGCUCUCGAUAUCUUAUACUGUAUGCAGUGUGGCUGGUGGUCUGGGUUGGCUGGAACUCAUUUAUCAUUUGUUUCUACCUUGGGGUGGGCCACCUCUCUCAGGAUAGAGAUUUUCUGAUGACAUUUAACACCUCUUUACAUCGCUCCUGGUGGAUGGAAAAUGGGCCUGGUUGCUUAGUUACAACCGUUCCUGACUCCCCAUUGGCUCCUCAAGACCAUCAUGUGAUCACGGUCAGCGGCUGCCUACUGGACUAUCAAUAUAUAGAGGUGGUCAGUUCUGCUCUGCAAGUGUUCCUCGCACUUUUCGGCUUCGUUUAUGCCUGCUAUGUUAGCAAAGUCCUACUGGAUGAUGAGGACAGCUUUGAUUUCAUUGGUGGAUUUGACUCAUAUGGUUACCAGCCUCCACAGAAGAGUCCCCACCUACAGCUGGAGCCUCUCUACACGUAGGACUGGGUAGGAGGACGAAGCAGACGCUCCAGAUAGCUGAACUUCUUGAGACGCCGUCCUGUGUUUUGGGGAAUAUAUCACUACAAAUUUGUUUCUGAAACUGUCUCCCUCUGCUGGCAGAAAACAGAACUGCAGCACAGACGCUGUGCAUUGAGCGGGUCACUGUGAGAGAGAGGCUUUGGGGGGAAGCUCGUACUGCCACACAUUUUCGAACAUGUUUCUGUACUUAGGAAUUCUGGGUACAGCUUCAAAUUUGAUAUAUAUCGCAAUGAUUUAUUCCACAGAAUACAACUUGGUUUCAAAGACUUGGGGCAUUGUUGUUGACCCCUUUAAACAUGAUGUGCUUCCAUUUUAAACUUUUUUAUUCUGCACUGUACAUUUCUUUAAGUUCUCACUGACGUUUGGUUAGUAUUAAGUACAUACAAUAUUGAGUGUGAUCAGUAGACAGUAUGUGCAUUUGCCCAUGGCCAGUGGGGGAGGGAGUCAAGGCAGGCAAACAAGUAACCGACAGUGUCACUGAGGCUUCAUUGUUUUGCCUAUUUCUUUAGGCAUUGAUGGAGAGGCAUUGGUGGGGACUCUGAUCCUUUUGCCAUGUGUGCUAUUGUAUGUUUAGUCUUAUUUGCAAGGAGGAUAACGUUUGACCCAGGUAACCUUUGAUCUCGGAGCUGCCUCAUCAGCUCCACUGUGUGUGUGAGGGAGAUAAUGUUUUUGUUUUAUACUUUGACUUAAGCCAAUACAGUGUGAUGUGUUAGCUGAAGGUUUUAGGUCGAUUAGUUGUGUAGUUGAGGAAUGUUGUAGAAUUUUCUGCAUGUAAAUAUCAGGAUGUUUGUAGAAAAGAUAUGUCAUGUGUAUGUGUGUGUGAAAAAGUGUGUGUGAGCGAGCGAGAGAGAGAGAGAGAGAGAGAGUUUGGCCCGGUCCAUUUUAUGAUGAAUGUGAUCAGCCAUAAAUGUUUAUUUCUAAACAACUUUACAAUAAAUAUAUAUGUUCAUGUACAUGGUUAGGGCAAGAAAUAAGUGAGUGAGUUCAUUGGAAGGACAAAUAAACUCUU